AUGGUGUUGUGUUGUGUUUACAUGAUUGCUCAGGCGCUUGGCUCUACUCAUUUCGGGAACGUGACGGGUGUAAGAGAAAGACGCAUUGGCGUGGCCAGUAUGGGUGCCGUGGGUGCCGCGGCACCCCCACUAAUUUUGAAGGAGCGAAGGAGCUUCGUCACCCCCCACUUCUCUACCAAUGCAUUCAACUUAAGGAGGUUCCCUUGCAAAGUUCGCCAGAAUAUAGCUAUGUUCACCCAUCGUUUCUUUCAAACGUCAACGGAUCCCGAAGACAUGGAAGAGUUAAGCCAAGUCUAUUUGGCAAAACUGAAGAGUUUACGAGAAGAGUUUAAUUGGGAGAACGAACAGGACAGAUAUUCAUUUUACUUCCGUCUUACACUGUUGCUGCAAGAUUGGAAAGGCAACCUUCCGAAUUUACGAGACUUUUUUCGAGGCGAAGAAAUCGAUUAUUUUCUCUUGGAGGCCGUAAAAAAGAGGAAGGAAGAAUUAGUCAACUUUGUGGUCCGCAACGGUUGCAGGGACGAGCCCGAGUUAAAUGAAGAUGGCAAGCCGUUGUCACUGCGUCGAACCACUUAUUACUCCGACGAAUCUGGAUACACACAUUUCCACGUGGCCUUCAAGUACGGCCUCGACGAUGUAAUUCAGGAAUUCCUCGAGCUCGGCCAGGACCCCAAUUGCAUCGUAAAAAAAACUGGUGACUCGCCACUACACUUGGUUCUGAAUCAGGACUUUCGGGUCAAGAAGCUGAUGGAGUUGCUGCUGAGACACGGUGCCGACCCGAAUUUGGCCAAUAAGGAGGGAUGGACACCUUUGCACGUCAUUUGCGAGUAUUUCAAUUCUCGAUUGAUCAAGGCAUUUUUUGAAAUCACCGAUGCGAAUCAUCUAACGAUACAGAUCGACGCGAAGGACAAGUUGGGUCGUACACCUAUUCAAUUAGCUGUAGCGAGUCUCAGUCCAGAUGUUGUCGAUGUAUUUUUGAAUCGUGGCGCCAAUAUGAAUUUCGCAUAUGAGGAGGGAUUGACACAUUUGCACUUAAUUUUCAAGAAGUGUGAAAAUGUUCAAUGGAUAAAGACAUUUUUCGAGAUCAUCGAUGAAAAUAAUCUAACGAUAGAGAUCGACGCAAAAGACAAGUUGGGUCGGACACCCCUUCAAUAG